GCAGCAGCAAGGGAUGUCAAUUGCUAACCGGAAGACGCGGUUUGCGUAACCUGAGCCCUGACGAUCCGAAUGGGGAGGGCAACUUUCAAUCUCAACAUAAGUACUCUCGCCCUUAAAAGCAGGCAGUGCCGCUCAUCUUCGUGGUAUUCCUCACUCGACUCUACAUCGACCUUCCAGUGAUACGUAACACGAGCCAGCCCUUGGACUGGAACGCCAGUCCCUCACACUAUUAACAACGACAAGUGUCUGUCAAUGGUCGUCUUUAAAUCUGACAUGAGUCGCCCAACCUUUGGCGAUGAUGCCGAAUUGAACAGACCAGAUGCACACAGUCAUAAGGAUGACGUUUUCGGAGCUUUUGAAUGCCCUAAUGCUGGCACAGCGGGCGAUGGGGUAUACGCCUUUGGUCCAUAUCCUCUGGUUCCCUUCGUUGAGAUGCACCCUAAUAACUUUGGCGCUCGGCAGAUGGAGUCGUCGAUGAAUGUGUUGCUGGAAGAAGCUCCACAUCAAAGCGCCACUGCUUGUGAUUGCGCUCACGAACAGACCUGCUUUUGGAACAAUGUAGCGCCCAUCGCUGGAAGGUUCUCAGCUGACUUCAGUCAGGCAACAUACCUAUCAACGCUACCUACACUCCCAUUGGAGGAUGAUGAAGCAAUCAUUGGAAGGCAAGCUUCCGAGGCUCUUUUGAGCGCAUUAGAACCCCCGUUGUUGGCAACAAUGGAGUCUUAUACCCCUACGCAGGACAUGUUCGCAGCAAACCACACCCCGAUCACCGCCAGCAAUAGCGAAUCAUCUGUUCCGGACCUCAGUUUCGUCUCGACCCCUCAUGUCGAUAUCGGUAUGGACGCCAUCAUCGGUACAAUCCGCUUGAGCGGCGACAUCAGAUGCCAACACCUGGGUUGUACGCCAACCUUUGGUCGGCUCACUGAGCUCAGAAGACAUUAUACCGAGUUCCAUGCAGUCGAUAAGCCUGUAUUCUGGUGCAACGAACCAACGUGCGGACGUGGUUCCAUUGGCGGCCGACCCUUUCAUCGUAGGGAUAAAAAGAGGGAUCACGAAAGGAAAAUGCAUUAUCGCGGAGUUCAUCGAAAACGACAUUGACCAGUGGCGGGGAUUUGAAUUGACCUGCCAUGCUUCGGCAUGGCAAAAUCGUUUGUUGUGUAGCAUGGAGGUCUCUUUGUCGGGUGCCAUU